AUAUACUUUGCAGGGGCCCCCAUUCCAGAUCUUCUGAAUCAGACCUUCAGGGGAUAGAGCCCUGGACUCUGCAUUUUUACCGGUUACUGCCCAGAUACAGUGUUGGGAAGGUUGAGUCCCAUGGGAACUUUAACAGCGAGGCUCUUAGGAAAUAUUCAAAACCCAUCUUUUGACACCUGGUCUGUUUUAUUGUUCCCUUCCUAGACUAUAGACAGAGCUCUUGUCCCUGGCAAAGCGGAAGCGCAGUGACUCUGAGGAGAAGGAGCCACCUGUGAGUCAGCCUGCAGCCUCCUCAGACUCUGAGACGUCCGACAGUGAUGAUGAGGUAAGAAGUGGCCAGUGUUUUCAUCUUUUGGUAAUCUGCUCUACUUUCAACUUCCUGCAUCUGAUCUGCUCUGGGGUCAGGAAACCAGGGGACCCCAUAGAGUUUAGUGGACGUUCGGGAGUAAUAAAAAUAAAAAGAAAGGGAAGGCCAGAAAAAUAGAGAAGAAAGGAACCAUGAAGAAACAGACCAGUAAAACUGCUUCAUCAGGCAGUUCGGACAAAGACAGUUCAGCUGAGAGCUCAGCCCCGGAGGAAGGUGAAGUGUCUGAUUCUGACAGCAACAGCUCCUCCUCCAGUUCAGAUUCAGACUCUUCUUCAGAAGAUGAAGAAUUCCAUGAUGGCUAUGGAGAAGACCUCAUGGGAGAUGAGGAAGACAGGGCUCGUCUAGAACAGAUGACAGAGAAGGAAAGAGAGCAAGAACUGUUUAACCGCAUAGAGAAACGUGAGGUGUUGAAAAGAAGAUUUGAAAUCAAGAAAAAACUAAAAACAGCCAAAAAGAAAGAAAAGAAAGAAAAAAAGAAAAAGCAAGAAGAGGAGCAGGAAAAGAAAAAGCUGACACAGAUUCAAGAAUCUCAGGUAACAUCCCAUAACAAGGAACGGCGUUCCAAACGGGAUGAGAAACUAGAUAAGAAAUCUCAAGCCAUGGAGGAGCUAAAAGCAGAGAGAGAAAAACGGAAGAAUAGAACAGCUGAGCUCCUCGCCAAAAAACAGCCAUUAAAAACCAGUGAGGUGUACUCUGACGAUGAGGAGGAGGAAGAGGAUGACAAGUCCAGUGAAAAGUCAGACCGCUCAUCCCGAACAUCAUCAUCUGAUGAAGAAGAAGAGAAAGAAGAGAUCCCUCCAAAAUCACAACCAGUCUCUUUACCCGAAGAAUUAAAUCGGGUUCGAUUAUCACGGCAUAAGCUAGAACGUUGGUGUCAUAUGCCCUUCUUGGCUAAAACUGUCACCGGAUGUUUUGUACGGAUUGGCAUUGGAAACCACAACAGCAAACCAGUUUACCGGGUUGCUGAGAUCACGGGUGUUGUGGAAACCGCCAAGGUUUACCAGCUUGGUGGCACCAGAACAAACAAAGGGCUCCAGCUACGGCAUGGCAAUGACCAACGGGUAUUCCGCCUAGAAUUUGUCUCAAACCAAGAAUUCACUGAAAGUGAAUUUAUGAAGUGGAAAGAAGCGAUGUUCUCUGCCGGCAUGCAGUUGCCCACUCUAGAUGAAAUCAAUAAGAAAGAAUUAUCUAUUAAAGAAGCUCUUAAUUAUAAAUUCAAUGAUCAGGACAUUGAAGAGAUUGUAAAAGAGAAAGAAAGGUUCAGAAAAGCUCCACCCAACUAUGCUAUGAAGAAGACUCAGCUGCUAAAAGAAAAGGCUAUGGCUGAGGAGCUGGGGGAUCAGGACAAGGCCAAACAAAUCCAAGACCAGCUGAAUGAGCUGGAGGAGCGGGCAGAGGCCCUGGACCGUCAGCGGACCAAGAACAUAUCUGCUAUUAGUUACAUCAACCAGAGGAACCGGGAAUGGAACAUUGUGGAGUCUGAGAAGGCCCUAGUGGCUGAAAGUCACAACAUGAAAAACCAACAGAUGGAUCCCUUUACCAGGAGGCAGUGCAAACCUACCAUCGUUUCUAAUUCCAGAGACCCAGCUGUUCAAGCUGCCAUCUUGGCCCAGCUGAAUGCAAAAUACGGUUCUGGAGUGUUACCAGAUGCUCCAAAGGAAAUGAGCAAGGGUCAGGGAAAGGAUAAAGAUUUGAAUUCUAAGUCAGCCAGUGACCUCUCAGAAGACUUGUUCAAAGUACAUGAUUUUGAUGUGAAGAUUGAUUUACAAGUUCCCAGCUCAGAGUCAAAGGCUUUGGCCAUCACUUCCAAGGCUCCACCAGCCAAGGAUGGGGCUCCAAGGAGAUCUCUGAACUUGGAAGACUACAAAAAACGACGGGGGCUUAUUUGAGCACACCCAGCCUGCUGCUUCCGACCCUGCAUGCCCAUCACAGUGCCCCACCUUUCCUCUUCCUUUGAUUCGCCCUCUUUGGGCUGGAGCAGCAGUAGAAACUGGGAAGAGACUCUAUACUGCCAGUCAUCUGUAACAUAAACCAUUUGCUGUAUAGACCUCCCUUGUCUACACCAUCUCCCAUCAACCCCAUCCCCCCCAGGCCUCACCCAGUGUGGACCUGGGCUCUCUUGGGCUUUAUCCAUGUCUUUAGAUCUGUGUUUGCCUUUUUUUUUGAAACCAGCACAGUUCAUUGGCCACUCUGCACGCAUUCAGUAUUACCGUGGAGCUGGGAUUCUUGCUGGAGCCCCUGGUGGUGAUAGCAGCAGCACUGGGCAGUCUCCUCUCUGGACUGCCUUGGACCCAAACAUUGAACAUUUGAAACCUGGCCCUUGUGGAGAGAGUGGGUUCUGGGCACCUGCAGUCCUCCUUCCUCUCUCCUCAUCUUUCUCUUCUUCCCAUCCCUUUGGAAGAGGGGUUUUCAAAACCAAUUUAGUUUCCAA